ACCACGCACCAACGUCCAUUACCACACAUUUUAUCACCCCACACAGCCACAGUUAACCCCCGACGCCUUGGUACGAAUACCAGAUUAAAACCAGAAGUAUCAUUUAAUUUGCAUUAUUUUUUUAUUGGACAGGACGCAUCAUUUCCUGCGCUUUGUUUAUCCCCGGAGGCGAAGCGCUAAGGAAAAAUAUUCAAGACUUGACGACGUGGAAUCACGCCUUUGUUCUCUGUAAAACACACGUAUCUAUAGUUGGCGAUUAACUAAAAGUAAAAGGCCACCCGAAGUUUCUCAGUCGCCGACAAGACGUCACUCACGAUGGCUAAAGAGGGUGAUCGAAUGAUUUAUGGAUCUGUGAUGUUCUUGAUAUUAACGAUCGGAUUGGUAGGAAACAUCCUUACAAUUGUAAUCUUGCUUCGCAAAGAUUAUCGUUCUAAACUUAUAGUUCCAUAUAUGCUCAACAUGGCCGUUCUAGAUGCUUUACUCAUACUUCUCGGAUACCCCGUCUCGAUAAACGCCAUCUUAACAGGCAGGCGUCUAAAACCCGAAGACCGAACCUGCAAGUUCAAUGCCUUUAUGAAUGGAUCUAUAGGAAUCUCUGCUAUUAUAACUCUGACUUACAUUAGCUUUGUUAUGUAUCGCACAAUCACUAAUACGACUACUAUGCCAAGACAAAUAUCUGCCGUGUAUCUGUUUGGUAGCCUCUGCGCGAUCUGGACGUAUGGUGUGUUGACCAUGUUACCGCCUCUAGUGGGGUGGUCAAAGUUUGUACCCUGUGCCGCUGGGUUCAGCUGCGCUCCUGACUGGGGAUCAGCUAGUGCGUCUACUUUGUCCUACAACAUCGUACUUAUGGUAUUGGGAUUUGUCAUUCCUGUUGGCGUUAUUUCAGUUUGUUAUUACAAGAUCUUUAGGUUUCUCUGCUUCAAUCCUGUACCCACCGCUUUCGCCUGUAUCCGCAACAACCGACGUCGAGUAAAUGUGCGAAUUACACGCAUGAUCAUGGUGUCAAUCAUCUCUUUCGUCAUCAGCUGGUCACCCUACUGUGUCGUCAGUGUAAUGGCCAUGGUGCACCGCGCGCCGUCAUUACCACGUGGUUUCGCCGAGAUCCCUGAACUCAUGGCUAAAGCGUCCGUUAUAUACAACCCUCUGGUGUUCACUGUGAUGAACAUAGAAUUCCGAAGAUCACUCUUUCAAGUUAUGUCGAACUUUCGCUGCCAGCGAGAUACCCUGUAAAUUCCGUAGCCCCAGGGGAUAUUAGGUGUGGUUAAAACAAUUUUUAACUCUAAGUACUAAAACAAUCACAAUUUCAGUAUUCCCGGAGACGGUCGACAAUAUUCAUGACCAGUUGUUACUAGGAUGAUUGGGGGAUCCACUGUACUAUAUUCAUGGCCAGUUGUUACUAGGAUGAUUGGGAGGAUCCACUGUUUCUCUAUGGGAGAGCAGAUGCGGAGAAAUGGGAUAGCAAAAGCGGAAAACACUCCAUUAGGAAUAGCAGUUAGUAAAAUUCUCUACCGUAAAAGAUAGGACGAUCACCAUCUUUCAUCAUUUUUAGAAACACAACUUUCCAUGUAUUAUUUGAUACUUUGAAAAUAGAACUGACCUGUUUGAGUUUUAGGAUAAAUGUGACAGUACCCUAAGGUUUUCAAACUCGUGGGCACGGGCGUUGACACGACGUUUAAAUGGAAUGUUUUUUAGUUGACACUAAUUUUGUUCUCUUGGCCACGGUAUUUUUUUUCCCGUUGGCACGGAUUUUUUUCCCGUGGCCACGGAAGGAAAAUCCGUGGGCACGUGGAAAAAAACUCGUUUAAAAAAGCUGAAAAGUCGUUGACACGGCUGUCUAGAUUUCGUGUCUACGAAUCAAACACACGGAUCACGAAUCGUGAAUGUUGAACCAUUCGAUUGAAUCUUCCGAUUUAAAUGGAAGUCGUUUUCACAACCUUGAGUCGUAUGCAAACAAGAGAGCGGAUCGGUUGCUGUGUUUUAUUUUCCUUUGUAGGAGGAUGCUUAUAUCAGCGACUAAGAAACGGCGGUUUUCACUUGCUAAUAAGCACAUGCAUAAAAAAGAAUUCCAUAUCAGGUAUUUAGCGAUCGGUAAAACAUUUCUUAGAUUUUAGUCGUAUGCAAACAAGUCAAGGUGUGUGAGGCGUUUAUGACGCCGUAAAAUCGCACAUAAAUAAAUUCGUCAUGAUAUUUCAUUUGCCUAGGCUUUCAUAGGCUACAAGACUAAGCGCAACGAAAAUCGGACCAACAGGCUUCAGAAAUAUUCACUGUCUAUUUUUUCAACAAACAGACUCGCGUCUUUGACGGUAAAUCUAAAAGGCAUUUUCCCUGUUUUACGUUCUACGCACUCGGUCACAAAGAUCAGCGUUCGUUUUGGAAUAUCGUAAGCGUGUGCGACAUUCUGUUUUCAUUAGUUUGAUUAAACUCUUCUGUCAGAGGUUUGGCAGAAUUAACACGACUGCCUAUUGGUAAUUUGUACGAUUAGAUAAUGACCUGGUUAUAUAUACUUUAGAAAUUUUGCUUGGGCACGUUUUUAACACUAGACAUAAAAAUGUUUCCAAUAUAAGUUGCUCCUCUUCUUGAUAGAACCAAUAAUUGAAGUGAAAUCUCGCGCUGCCUGCUCUAGUUUUCGCGUAAAAAUGUGAAAUACGAGAACGUAUCUGAGCUAGUCAAAAUUUCAAGAACAAUGCUAAAAAUGUAAAGGGAUUUAUUUAAUAUAAUCUUUGAGAUUGGAUGCGCAAAGCUGAAUAUGAUAAUACAAGAACACUAAAAAAAACGAAUAGAAAGUAAAAAAACAGUAAAAAAAAAACAAAUCUCAUGAAAACCAUCAACAGCGUAUGGAAAACCCAGUUAAAAAAAUAAAAUAAAAUAAAACGAGGCCAGAUGAAAUGAUUCACUCCGAGAAACUUUCUUUCCCUCUUGUGACUUCUAUUUACUUCGCUUCCGCUUUAACUUUGUUUUUUUUUGGAGAGGAAAAGCUUCUAAGGAUAAUUUUAAGAAAUUCACUUCUUAUUAGAUUUUAUCUAGCUUAGCCUUACACAAUAUCUAAAGGUUUUUAGCAUUUAUAUUUUUAAAGCGUUUAAAAUGGACUACAGGAGUUCUAAAGCAUUAUAUCCAUCAGCCAUGGACAUACAAUGGAUUUCAAAAAGCUUUAUACGGUUGAGCUCUUUUAUUGUGCACAUUUAGUCUUGGCAUAAGACCAGAGCCCCUUCUUUCAGGAUUUUGAGUGAAAGCAUCGACACAAUAAUUUAACAACACGAACACCUACCACUAGACAAUACGCAUGUGAAAAUAAUAGCAUAUGAUAAUGUCAAAAAAAUUAUAAUAAAGAAAUGGAAGUUACAUAUUAAACUGUGUGGAAUAAGU